GUGUGCGGAAGCGCAGGGUAUUGUUGGAUGUGUCGUAGGGUUGCCCCGCAUUUAAAAAAAACCGUCGUGCUCUGCAUUCUUCAGGCUGCGUUGUUCCUUUCACUGCUGCAGCUGUUGCUAGACUCGCCCUUGAUGGUACGAUGCCAAUACUCUGGCCCUUGCGGUCGCUACCCACCUCUCACAUCGCUACCUUGCCCAGGGAGCUGAGAGAGCACAUAGCGUUGUGUCUCCCCUGCCCCCCCUCCUCUUGUCAUCGCUUCCAUUGCACAGCUUCAAGGUUUUGAAAAAUAAUGAUCGGCGAGGAUGGGUGUAUAUUAGUGUUGUGGAGGUGUUGAGGAUGUUGGAGGGAAUGAUGGUGCCAAUGGGUAGAGCAAAGGCAGCAUGACCAUAUAAGGAAUGUGGGUCUAUUAUCUGAAAGAGUCUUAGGUUUUCCUGAGGUGUCUCCUGAGGCGUCUCCGAGGAAUUUGAGAGGCUAGAAUCGCGCAUCCAGUGUGGUUUUUUUGCUUGUAGGUGAAAAGGGAAAAAAGUGAUUGGAUUUGUAUGGCCGGUUUUUUUCAUGCUCGGCAGGCUGGCGACCUUGCUGUGGGCAAGCCUCCACUGCACAAGUACCCCAAGAACCUCUCGGUGGGAGAGGCCUUAAGAGCUCUCAAGAAGAGCAGUGACUUGGAGCUUAGCCUUUGGGAAGAGUUAUGCCCACUCACGGAGAAACCUAAACAGGAAGCUGCUCCCCUAGCUCAUGGCACUGCGUGGAAGGGUCACCGCCAUGUUUCUUCUGACCAUGCCUUGGGGAACGGGACCGACUCUAAUGGUUACAAGGUCUUUAGUCAAGGCUUGUGGAGAUGUGUGGGGAAAUUGAGCAUGGUGGAUAUCACCUGCUUCCUAGCUCGUGAUGAAAGCUUGGCGGAUCCAAGUGCAGCUCUUCGAACUCCCGUCUCAGCCAUUGUUUCAGAAAGUGCCUUCACCAUCGUGCACGUGGACUCCAAAAGCAAGUUAUUCGAUGCCUUGGCUCACGUCCUCGACGGUGUGCACCAUCUUGUCGUCUCCAUUGAUCAGUCCGUCUCAAACCGGUUGGCUCGCUACAACAGCAUGCCUCGCUCUGCGAGAGUAGCCCAUCAUGCAAUCCUAAAGCCAAAUGAAGGGAAAUUUUUGGACUCUCGAUUCUCCCUUCCGACUAAGAUUCAAGCCGAGGGACCUCAGGAGUACUGUUGGCUAACGCCAGAGGAUAUCCUCCAGUUUCUGUUAAGCUGCAUCAGCUUGUUCUCCCCUCUCCCUAUGAUGACCAUUCAACAACUCGGAAUCAUCAACAUGGACGUACUCUCAGUGAAAUCAGACGCUGAUGUGAUUACCGCAUUGCCUUUGAUACAACAAGCCGCCAGAAAUAUGACUGCUGUUGCCGUUGUCGAAGUGGAGGAGGAGAACGUUGUGGACUUAAAACUUGUUGGUGAAAUUUCUCCCUUCACCAUGAAAGGCUGUGAUGAAAAAGCAGCUCUGGCCCUCGCAACUCUCUCCGUGAGAGACUUUUUGGCGUUUUCCUGCGACUGCGAAUGUCCUCCCAACUCUCUGGUUGAGCGUGUGGAGUCCAGGAUAUGUGAGAAACUGGAGCACUUGCAAGUCUCUAGAACUGAAUCUCUUUUGGCGGAUACUGAUAGCCCACCUUUAUUUGCUUCCUCUCCAGUAGGCAGUGUCUCAUCUGUCGGUCCGCUUGCUUCAAUGUACAGCUUCGACAGCGGGGAGGAGUCAUCUUCCUCUGACGAAGACUGCAUUGGGCACUCACCCACCGGUCCAUUCGGCUCCUCGCACAGAUCGUCCUAUUCUUACUACAAGGGAAGAUUGGCUCCUAACAUGUGUCGGCCAUGGAGCUCUCUGGUGGCAGUGAUGGUGCAGGCUCUCACUCACCGAGUGGGCUACAUCUGGGUCACCGACAGUGACAACACCCUGAUUGGAAUUGUGACAUACUUGGAUCUAAUCCGAUGCAUUCUUAGCCACCUACACUCAUCAGAUUAAGGCCAUACUUACUGCUUCCAACUCAACUGAAUGUCGCAGGCUUGAUCUAUCUUUUCAGUAGUUGCGCAGCCAAUAUUUGACUGCCCGCAGUUAAUAGCUUCAGAGAUUAACCGUCCAUUAAUUUUUGCUGGAGAGUUAUAUAAUAGUGGCGCAGGCUAGUGUAACCUUGCGCUUGCGGAUUCCUCUUGCUACCCUUCCUCCCCCCACCCAUGUACCAUACUGUAACCGAGUGAAAUUUGAUACUUUGGAGCUUCCUGUCAGCUAGCUUACAAAGCUCUGAUGCAGCGACUGGCUUUGUAAUCUUUGCGCUUACAGAUCCCCUCCUGUGGCUACUUUUUGGACUGCGGUGCUUUAUUAUUUCUUACAUGAAGCUCCUCGUGGUGGCAUCUCAUCCAAAGAGAAUGAUGGAGGAGAUCUUUUUACCAUUCUUCUUGAGGCAGGUUGUGCUUCGCGGCCAGAGUUAGUCCGUUACCUCAGGCUUAUUUCAUUUUCAGCAUGCUUGUUGUGUUCUAUGUCCCGCUUCUUGGCAAGAGUUUACAUUUCACUCUGCAACUUGUCCAACCAACAAGUUGUGCUAUCUCCUGCCCUCAUUUUGUUACACUCUUCAAUCCUGCAAAACAAAUUUGCAUUAUAUUCUGCUCAAUUCAGAUAUUAACAAACUUUCGUUGA